UAUGAUUGCAAUUCCAAACAUCAAUCUAUCAAUAUAAAUGAUAUGGAAUUAAAUCUAGUCUACGUUCAGUAAUAAUUCAUAUAUGAUUUAUAAAAUUAUCUAAAGUAUAUGAAUUUCCUAUUUAAGAAUUAUAUUUAAAAUGUCUGAUGAUAAAGAAUCGCCAUAUCCUGUUUCUAAAACAAAACAAGAACGUUAUUUUUUGACACGAUUUGAAAAUGAUGUUCAAAUCAUUUUUGAUAAAAUGUGUUUUUCUAAAAACAUUCCUUCUGUUAAAGUAAAUCUGUUAAUGAGACGAGGUAUUCUGUAUUUGAAAGCCGAUUACAUUUUACCAUUAAAGAGCUUUGAAAGCCCCCAGCUGAAUUGUGAAGAACUAGUUUUUCGAUUAAAAACAAUUAACUAUUUACUUGACGUGGAAAUAGAUUCCAAUUUCAAUUUAACGUUUGGUUUAAAAAGACCUGAUGUGUACAAGAUCGUUUUAGAUGAGGUUACUAAUUUUAAUUGCUCUUAUGGAAUGUCAGAAAAAAACAAUGUUGUGCUUGUUCUUGUUGACAAUGAUGAAGUGAAUGAUUUUAUCAGAACAAGAAAUAAUUUACUUGCCCAUCACAUCAUAUCUCUCCUUUCUGCUAAUAAAGCUGAAGUUUAUUAUUCUGGGUGUUCGUUUUUAUCUAAACAUGAUAUUCUAAAUGCUAGUGAAGUAAAGUGCCUUGCAGAUUGUGAUUUAGAUUAUUUGUGUGAUCAGAUGCGAGAUAAACUGAAUGUUUCUGAAUGGAGAAAAGAAUGUGAAACUGAAGGUAGUCUAUGUAUUGAUGCAAAAGAGUAUUUGGAGAAAAACGUACUUUUAGAUAAGUAUGGAAAAGAUAUCAAUAGUAUUAUUGUACCAGAUCUUAAUGAUAAACUUUUUAAAAAAGUAGCAUCAAUAAAGCACUUAAUAAGUAAUCACAUCAAGGACACACCAGAUGUCAUAUUGUAUAUUGCAUUCCAUGGUGUCAACCGGGCAAUAUGGAAAAUGGGGAUUCUGUUACAAAUACUUGAAAAACCAAUAUCAAUAAAAUCAUAUAUUUUUAAUCAAAGUGUCAAAAUAAAUGUUAAAGAGGACUUUACUUUUGAUAAUUAUGUUCUUCAUCAUAAAAACGGCGUCGAAAAAGCUAUGACAGAAAAAUAUAACAUUGAUGUGUGCCAGGAUAAGGUAUGGUCAUCACGAAUUGAAAAGUUGAUAGAUUCAGCUGUGAAAUUCGAUUUUUUGAAAUUAAGUCCUAAUAUGUCUUUAAAACUUGAUCUAUCUAACUGCCAUAGUACUGAGAAAAAUUCAGGCAUUUUUGUUCAAUACAAUUUUGCUCGCUUAUCUAAUUUAUUUUCAAAGUUUGAAACUAAGGUGAAGGAAGGUUAUUACGAACCUUUGAAAGCUCUAGAAGAUGUGGAUUUUUCAUUAUUAAGACUUGAAGAAGAGUGGAACUUAUUCCAAUAUGUUGUUUCUUUUCCAAAGUUGAUUAAUAGAGUUUUAGACUGUUUUUUUUCUGAAAGUAAUUUGAAAACUCGUUAUCCUGUUAAUGGAAUCUGUGUUAUGCUUACUGAAUUGUGUCACUACCUGAGCUUAUAUUACAGUAAAAUUCGUAUACUGGCUGGACCUCAAAAACACCUUCAAAUAUUAAUGAAUGCAAGACUUUGGUUGCUAAAAGGAAUUUAUAGAGUUAUGUUGAAUUCAUUUGUUUUAUUGGAUAUCCAAGGACUUGAUGUUAUGUAGCUAUAAGUUUAUGUGUAAAAACGAAUAAAUCUAACUAUCUGAAUAACUAUCUUAUGUGUAAAAACGAAUGAAUAAACUAUCUGAAUAAAAUUAUGUUUGAAGUUA